AUGUCUCCGAGAUGCUUCGGAAUAAGGGUGUCAUUUGUAAAAAUUUCUUCAACACCGGAAGCUGUCCGCGGAACCCGAGCUGUCCCUAUAUGCACAUCCGCAACGGUGAGGCGCGCCCGAUGCCGUGGAGCACGUGCACGUUCUUCAAUAAAGGCGUCUGCCUCCGCGACCGCUGCACCUUCUUCCACGGCAGCCAAUCCCAGCUCGACCUCCUCCGGGCCAGCGGCGCCGAGGUUUACCACCCGCAGGAUUACAUGCAGGUCGCGGAGCCGCCGGGGCAGUUCCUCGCGCCGGACGGCAGCAUCGCCCCGGAGAAGGCGCAGCUGUCCCCUCUCCAGGCGUCUUCCCUGA